AUGGCCACGGAGGACAAGAAGAACAAGGCCACGGCCAGCCUGCUCCAGCCGGAGGCCAACGACGCCGGCGAGCAGGUGCCCGAGGUCUACCGCUCGCUCAACUUCCGCAGCCUGCAGGACCCGUACUCGCACGGCGCCGGCGACACCAUGGCCAGCCGCUACAGUACGCUGCGGGCUGACAACCUCGAGACGAUGCUCAACGGCGGCCUCGAGCGCUUCUACAAGAAGUACGACCACCUGUCGCGCAAGAUCAACCUGCAGCUGCCCACGCCCGAGGUGCGCUUCGAGAACCUGUCCUUCUCGGUGCAGGUGCCGGCCGAGGUGGGCGCCCACGGCACGGUGGGCUCGCACCUGGCCUCCAUCUUCACGCCGUGGCAGAAGGUGCCCAUGACGACCAAGCACGCGCUGCACCCGAUGAGCGGCAUCAUCAAGCCUGGCUCCAUGACGCUGAUCCUGGCUAACCCUGGCGCCGGCAAGUCGACGUUCUUGAAGGCUUUGGCCGGCAAGCUGCAGGACAACAAGCAGACGAAGCUGGGUGGCGAGAUCCUGUACUCCGGCCUGAGAGGGGACGAGAUCGACCUCAUCAAGCUGGCCGGCCUGGUUGACCAGAUGGACAACCACAUCCCGACGCUGACGGUGAGGGAGACGUUCAAAUUCGCCGACAUGUGCGUCAACGGCCGACCCGAGGACCAGCCCGAGGAGAUGCGCGAGAUCGCUGCUCUCCGCACGGAGCUGCUUCUGCAGAUCCUGGGUUUGGAGAACUGCGCCGACACCGUCGUCGGUGACGCUCUGCUGCGUGGUGUCAGUGGCGGUGAGCGCAAGCGUGUCACUGUGGGUGAGGUACUGGUCGGUGGCCAGAGCCUGUUCCUGUGUGACGAGAUCUCCACGGGUCUCGACAGUGCCGCUACGUUCGAUAUCGUCAAGUCCAUGCGCACGUGGUGCAAGACGCUGGGCGGAUCGGUGAUCGUCGCGCUGCUCCAGCCGACGCCCGAAGUCGUUGAGAUGUUCGACGACAUCUUGAUGGUCAACGAGGGCCACAUGGUCUACCACGGCCCGAGAACCGAGAUCCUGGACUACUUCCAGGGCCUUGGCUUCACGUGCCCGCCCCGUGUGGACCCGGCCGACUUCCUCAUUGAAGUGACGUCGGGCCGCGGCCACCGCUACUCGAACGGAACGGUCCCCAACAAGAACCUGCCUGUGACGUCCGAGGACUUCAACAACCUCUUCUGCCAGUCGCACAUCUACAAGAAGACGUACGAGGCCAUCAGCAAGGGCUUCAACGAGCACCAGUUCGAGAGCCCCGAGGACUUCAAGAAGGCCAAGAGUGUGGCCAACCUGGCCCGCUCCAAGGAGAAAUCCGAGUUCGGCCUGGCCUUCCUCCCGAGUACCAUGCUGCUGUUGAACCGUCAGAAGUUGAUCUGGCUGCGUGACCCCCCGCUUCUGUGGGGUAAGGUUAUCGAGGCCAUCAUCGUUGGUCUUGUCAUGGGCAUGAUCUACUUCAACGUGAGCUCGACGUACUACCUGCGCAUGAUCUUCUUCAGUAUCGCGCUGUUCCAGCGUCAGGCGUGGCAGCAGAUCACCAUCUCGUUCCAGCUGCGCAAGGUCUUCUACAAGCAGCGCGCGCGCAACUUCUUCCGCACGAACUCGUACGCAAUCGCCGAGAGUGUGGUGCAGAUUCCAGUCAACCUGAUCGUCUCGUUCAUCCUCGGCACGUUCUUCUACUUCAUGAGUGGACUGACGCGCACGUUCGAGAAGUACAUCGUGUUCUUCCUGGUGCUUGUGUGCUUCCAGCACGCCAUCAGCGCGUACAUGACGAUGCUGAGUGCACUGUCGCCCAGUAUCACGGUUGGCCAGGCCCUGGCUUCGAUCUCCGUGAGCUUCUUCCUGUUGUUCUCGGGUAACAUUAUCCUGUCCGACCUGAUCCCGGACUACUGGAUCUGGAUGUACUGGUUCUCUCCGAUCUCGUGGGCGCUGCGCAGCAACAUGCUGUCGGAGUUCUCGAGCGACCGCUACACGCCCGUUGAGAGCAGGACGCUGCUCGACAGCUUCUCGAUCUCACAGGGCACGGAGUACAUUUGGUUCGGUGUCAUUGUUCUGCUGGCGUACUACUUCUUCUUCACGACGCUGAACGGUCUGGCGCUGCACUUCAUCCGCUACGAGAAGUACAAGGGCGUGAGCGUGAAGACCAUGACCGACAAGGCUGACGAGGAGGACAACGUGUACGUCGAGGUGAACACCCCUGGUGCUGUGUCCGACGGUGCCAAGUCUGGCAACGGCUCGGGCCUCCCGUUCACGCCGUCGAACCUGUGUAUCAAGGACUUGAACUACUUCGUGACACUGCCGUCGGGCGAGGAGAAGCAGCUUCUGAAUGGCAUCACCGCUCACUUCGAACCGGGCCGCAUGGUGGCGCUUAUGGGUGCCACCGGUGCCGGUAAGACGACGCUGAUGGAUGUGAUUGCCGGCCGCAAGACUGGCGGUCGCAUUGUUGGUGACAUCAUCGUGAAUGGUGAGCCGAAGGACCCGUCCAACUUCAGCCGUAUCACGGCGUACUGCGAGCAGAUGGACAUCCACUCGGAGGCGGCUUCUAUCUACGAGGCACUUGUGUUCUCGGCGAACCUGCGUCUUCCCCCGAACUUCACCAUUGAGCAGCGCAUGAACCUGGUGCACGAGACUUUGGACCUGCUGGAGCUGACGUCGAUUUCGGGCGCCAUGGUCGGCAGUCUGUCGGUGGAGCAGAAGAAGCGUGUGACGAUCGGCGUGGAGGUGGUCGCUAACCCGAGCAUCCUGUUCCUGGACGAGCCCACGAGUGGCCUGGACGCGCGUUCGGCCCUGAUUGUGAUGCGUGGUGUGCAGUCGAUUGCUCGCACGGGUCGUACGGUGCUGUGCACAAUCCACCAGCCGAGUAUCUCCAUCUUCGAGCUAUUUGAUGGUCUGCUUCUGCUGCAAAAGGGUGGCUACACGGCCUACUUCGGUGACCUUGGUGUGGACUCGGUCAAGAUGCUGGAGUACUUCGCGUCGAUCCCCGGCACGAUGGAGAUUCGCCCGCAGUACAACCCGGCCACGUACAUGCUUGAGGUGAUCGGUGCUGGUAUCGGCCGUGACGUCAAGGACUACUCGGUGGAGUACAAGAACAGCGAGCUGUACAAGUCGAACCGCGAGCGCACGCUGAAGCUGGCUGAGGUGUCGGAUGAAUUCACAUGCCACUCGACUCUUAACUACAAGCCGAUUGCCACUGGAUUCAGGAACCAGCUUGGCCAGUUGGCCAAGAAGCAGCAGCUCACGUACUGGCGCAAUCCGCAGUACAACUUCAUGCGCAUGUUCCUGUUCCCGCUGUUCGCCAUCAUCUUCGGCACGACGUUCUACCAGCUUUCUGCUGACAGCGUGAAGCGCAUCAACUCGCACAUCGGUCUGAUCUACAACAGCAUGGACUUUAUCGGUGUCAUCAACCUGAUGACGGUGCUGGAGGUGACGUGCGCUGAGCGCGCCGUGUUCUACCGCGAGCGCAUGUCGAAUUACUACGGUCCGCUGCCUUACAGUCUGUCGCUCUUCUUUGCUGAGAUCCCGUACCUGGUGGUGGUGAUCAUCCUGUUCGUGACGAUCGAGUACUGGCUGGUGGGCUGGAGCGACAACGGCGGCGACUUCAUCUUCUUCAUGUUCGUGUUCUACCUGUACACGUCGGCGUGUACGUUCGUGGGCCAGUGGAUGUCUGCUUUGAUGCCGAACGAGAAGGUGGCGAACGUGGCUGUUGGUGCGCUGUCGUGCCUGUUCAACCUGUUCUCGGGGUACCUGCUGCCGCGCCCUGCCAUGAAGGCUGGCUACAAGUGGUUCACGUACCUGAUGCCCUCGAGCUACUCGCUUGCCGCCCUGGUUGGUGUGCAGUUCGGCGAGGUCCAGGAUGUCAUCUCUGUGACCGCUAACGGCGUCACGACGGACAUGACGGUGGCCGACUACAUUGCGGAGACGUACGACUUCCGGCCGAACCGCAAGUACAACUUCAUGGCCGGCCUCAUUGUGAUCUGGGCUGUGCUGCAGCUUGCCAUCUACCUGACGUUCAAGUACGUGAGCCACCUGAAGAGAUAAGCGGUGACGUUGAAGACAAACGUUGCCGAGCUCUUGUAGCGACUCAGCGUAAGAUUGAUUUAGCAGCGAAGAGAUAGCUGCCGUGCAUUUGCUUUGAAGUAGACUUGUUUCAUUUACCCCUUCAC